UGAAAGUGAAAUACUGAACCCAUCUUGGGUGCCCUGGCCACUAGAGAGGAAGUCGUGCGGGUCUCUGAACAGUUGGACUUGUUGGUGAAUCCCAGGCAGCUCAUUGUACAGCUAUUAAAGAUACUAAGGAUUCCUUGAUGAGGGUCAGUCGUGGACAUCCUUUCCACAAUGCUGAUUCUUUUCUCCUUCUCUCAGUCGGCCAUUUAUAACACCAAAUAUAGCCGAACCCGCGGAUUCUACCGCGGCGAUGCUCUAGUGUCUGAUCGACGCUACAGCGCCGCCGCUCACUGCGUAACGGAAAGACUAGGUAAAUUAGGGAACGCAUCCAGUCUGACCGUUCGGUUGGGUAAACACAUGUUGAACGACGACUCGGACAGAGCCAACCCGGUCGAAUUUCGAAUAAGAGUGGUUAGGAGUCACACCGAUUUAAUGCGAAGAAUGUUCAAGAACAACAUCGCCAUUCUGGUUCUAAAAGGGACGGUCACGAAUUCUUUAGAAUCAUUUGUCUUCACCACUGUCAGCUGAGGAACGAAGUUCUGGCAGGAAGCUUUGUGCAGGACCUACUAUAGGGUAAGUGAUACAAAAGUUUUAUUUUUAUUUUUGUUGUUUUACAAUUUCCUGUGGUGUAUAUGCCAACCAGUGGCGUGCCAUCAUUGGAAGUGGUGGAAGCGCCACUUCCCUUGUAUUUUUUAAAAAAUAAAUACAUAUUGUGCGA